CGGCUACAGUUGGAGUGGACUGUGUUACCUCCUGUAUAUCUAUGGCGUUAGCCGUGUGGUCUGAGCGGGUCCUGGAGCUACUGCUGAAAAUGAACAAUCUGCAGCAUGCAGGUUGUCUCCCAUUCUGCGUCCAGGGACAGCGGGUCGGCUGGGUGACGCAGCCAGUGGCGCAGGUUCUCCUGCAGAGUUCUGACAUUUUCACAUUAUAUAAAGAGGACUCCGGGGCCCGGCUGGAGCUGAGUGAUCGGCUGCGCACCCCCCAUGAGCGGACGCGGGCCGUGCAGGAGGUGAUGGAGGCGCUCAGAGGUCGGGGAGCCUUCCCCUGUCUCCAGGAAUGGAGUGACGAGCUGUUGGAUGUGAAGACUUUCUUCUCAGAUCCUCCUCUUCUCAGCGUAGAGCGAGCAGCCACACCUCUCCUUGGAGUCUCCCGCCGCGGUGUCAAUGUGAAUGGCUUUCUACGCAGAGGCUCUAAAAUCUUUAUGUGGAUCGCACGACGUUCAUUAACAAAACACAACUACCCCGGAAUGCUGGACCAUCUGGCGGCCGGAGGAAUCUCUGCAGGGUCCGGCGUGUGGGAGACCCUCCUAAAGGAGUGUGAAGAAGAGGCGUGUAUCCCAGAAUCCCUUGCAUCCAAAGCCAGACCAGCCGGGACUGUAAGCUAUGCUUAUGAGAUGGACGAUGCCCUGUACCUGGAGUGUGAGUAUGUCUUUGACUUGGAGGUUCCUGAGUCCUUUCAGCCUCAUGCAGGGGACGGAGAGGUGCAGGAGUUCUAUCUAUGGCCCCUGGACAAGGUGAGAGAUGCUAUCGCCACCCAGGAGUUUAAACCCAACUGUGCUCUGGCCGUACUAGAUUUCCUCAUCCGGAACGGGCACAUUCAGCCGGACGAAGAAAAGUAUUACACCAAGUUUGUGGAGAAUCUGCACAGACCGCUGUGAUGUCACAUGAGAGAAUCACAAUCCAAUUCUGUGAUGUCACAUGACUGAUCCACAAUCCAAUUACCUGAUGUCACAUGACUGAUCCACAAUCCGAUGCUGAGAACACCACAAUCCAGUUCCAUGAUGUCACACCUGAUCCAGUAUAAGAUGAAUGAUGGAGGAAUUAUGGGUAGUUAUAUACUGGUGGAUAUUUUCUUGGUCUCACAAUACCCUUAAGGACUGUUUUCACUCUAGCUCUACGCUUAUAUUCCUGAACCAGGCAGCUCAGGAUGAGUACAUCUGUAUAUCCUCACAGGAGGUGCCAAAGAGCAUAGAAUGAAUCAAUUAUGUAAAAAACCCUGUGAUGUCACUGGUGUCCUUGCUGAAUCUGAU